AUGACGUACGUGAGAGUGACUGACCGCAGGUCGAACCCGAUUGAUCUGCCGCAGAUCACGGUGCUCGGUAGCCAGUCGUCCGGCAAGAGUAGUGUGCUGGAGAACAUUGUCGGCCGCGACUUUCUGCCGCGUGGCACGGGCAUUGUGACUCGUCGCCCGCUCGUGCUCCAGCUCAUCAACCGUCCGUCGGCGUCGGGUGCGACGGAGCCCACGGGCCAGACGAACGAGGACGAGUGGGGCGAGUUCUUGCAUCUGCCGGGCGAGAAGUUCCACGACUUUCAGAAGAUCCGCGACGAGAUUGUGCGCGACACGGAGCUCAAGACGGGCAAGAAUGCCGGCAUCAGUGCGCAGCCGAUCAACCUGCGCAUCUACAGCCCGCAUGUGCUCACGCUCACGCUCGUUGACCUGCCGGGCCUGACGAAGAACCCUGUCGGUGACCAGCCCAGGGACAUCGAGCGCCAGAUCCGUGACAUGCUGCUGAAGUACAUCUCGAAGCCGAAUGCGAUCAUUCUUGCCGUCACGGCGGCCAACACGGAUCUGGCCAACUCAGACGGCCUGAAGCUCGCGUCGGAGGUCGACCCCGACGGCACGCGCACGGUCGGUGUGCUGACGAAGGUGGAUCUGAUGGAUGCGGGCACGGACGUGGUUGACAUCCUGGCGGGCCGGGUGAUUCCGCUGCGCCUGGGCUACGUGCCGGUGGUGAACCGCGGUCAGCGCGAUAUUGACACGCGCAAGACGGUGUCGGCGGCGCUCGAGGCGGAGCACGAGUUCUUCGCGAACCACCCGAGCUACAGCUCGAAGGCGCAGUUCUGUGGUACGCCGUUCCUCGCGCGCAAGCUGAGCACGAUCCUGAUGCACCACAUCCGCAACACGCUGCCGGACAUCAAGACGCGCAUCCAGUCGCAGCUGAAGAAGUUUGAGAUCGAGCUCGCGUCGCUGGGCGGUGCGAUGGGCGACACGAGCUCGGGCAACGUGGUGCUCUCGAUCAUCACGGACUUUUGCAACGAGUUCCGCCAGGUGAUUGACGGUAACAGCAACGACCUGAGCGUGAACGAGCUGGCUGGUGGUGCGCGCAUCAGCUUUGUGUUCCAUGAGCUGUUCAGCAACGGCGUGAAGAGCAUCGAUCCGUUCGAUGCCGUGAAGGACGCAGAUAUCCGCACGAUUCUGUACAACUCGUCGGGAUCAUCGCCUGCACUAUUCGUGACGACGUCCGCGUUCGAGGUCAUUGUCAAGCAGCAGAUCCGCCGCCUCGAGGAGCCGAGUCUCAAGUGCUGUGCGCUUGUGUACGACGAGCUGGUGCGCAUUCUGUCGCAGCUACUUGCCAAGAACUCGGCGUUCCGGCGCUUCCCCGCGCUGCGCGAGCGCUUCAACUCGGUGGUGAUACAGUACUUUAAGCGGUGCAUGUCGCCGACGAACAAGCUCGUGUCGGACAUUGUAUCGGCGGAGGCAUGCUACCUGAACACGGGCCACCCUGACUUUUUGUCGGGCCACCGCGCCGUGGCGAUUGUGACGGAGCGCUUCAAUGCGGCGCAGACGCCAGCAACGACCGCCGAGUUCCGCAGCGGCAAGCCGAUCCCGCCGGGCCUCGCCAACAACAACAAGGACCUCGACGUUGACAUCAAGGAGUCGUCGGGCUUCUUUGGCAGCUUCUUCCCGAGCAAGAACAAGGCCAAGAAGGGCAUGAUGGAGCCGCCGCCACCGAGCCUCAAGGCGUCGGGCACGCUGACGGACCGCGAGGCGAUGGAGACGGACGUGAUCAAGCUGCUGAUCACCUCCUACUUCAAUAUCACGAAGCGCACCGUGAUCGACAUGGUCCCUAAGGCGAUCAUGCUCAACCUCGUGAACCACUCGAAGGAGAACAUGCAGCGCGAGCUGCUGCAGGCCCUCUACCAGCCCGACAUCCUCAAGGAGCUCAUGAAGGAGUCUGACCAUGUUGUCGCGCGCCGUCGUGAGUGCGUCAAGAUGAUCGGCGCGCUCGAAAAGGCGGCCGAGAUCUGUGCCACGGUCUAG